CUAGUCUCCCCAACCUUGAAUUUUACGCUCAUUUAUUUAGAGUUAGGUUUAGUUUGAUAAUAAAACAGUUGUUGUCAUUAUUUAAAUGCAAGCAAAACUAGUCAAACAAAAAAAAAAAAAAAAACAGCAAAAACUUUCUCUAAAACUCCCAACUUUUCACACAAUCAAGGUGAGAAACACAAAAUCGAGGCACAUCUAUCCGUGCGUCACGCGCUUAAAGUGCACGAAGGUCAAUAUAAGUGCAACAAUUUGCACACAAGCUACCACAUGUUGCACGUACGCAGCGCCAACGAGGCGCCUCCCCAUCCACAAACUUACUCGCCAUUUGUCGUAACAGCGGGGGGCGCCGGCCACGGCCACGGCCACGGUGACGGUGGCGGUGACGGUGGUGGUCAUCAUCUCUCAACGCUUUCAGCAUACGAAACGAUACACGAUCUGACGCCCAGUUCGGCGGAUGAUAUUUUCACGCGAAUGUGGGGGCCGGAUGUGGGUGUGGACACUUCGUCACUGCCAACACAUACCACAACAACAACAACAACAACAGCACAUCGACGGCCACAUCAUCGCCACCACCAGCAGCAGCAGCAGCAACAAAAGUCACAAUUCCAAGCAACAAACCUGGAUGAGCAGCACAAGUUGAUUUAUAUAAACGCCACAAACUUCGAUGGUAAUCCAUCAUUAACAUUGCCAGAUAGCAGCGGCAGCAGCAGCGAUGGCGGCAGCAUUGGUAGUGAACUGGACACUGGUCUUGUCAAUAUAGAGUAUAUGUCGCCUAAAAAGCUUGGCGGCAAUGGCAGUGAAUUAACAACGGCAUCCAGUCGUGGUGGUAGCGGUGGCGUAGCUAAAUAUCCACCAAUGCCGAAUUUCCCUCCGCCACGCACCACAAUGCUAUCGACAACAUUAGCGCCUGCGGUGCAUAUUUACACACCGCCGCAUCAUAAUGCGGAUCAUCGCUACCACGGGAUCACUGCCAGCAAUAGCAACAACAUGAAUCCUUAUACGACGCACGGCUAUCAAAUUGUCGAAACGCAGUCAAUAUUCCCGUUGCAAACGGCAUCGCCAAAUUACCAACAGCCGACACAAAUGUUCACGCCACAACAAAUUGGCGUGCAAACAAUGACGCCAAUUGAUAUUUACCACACGCAAAUACACCAGCAACAACAGCAGCAACAGCAGCGUAAUCAACUGCAAACCUAUCCACCGCAUCACGGUCAGUUUGUAAAUCCUAAUUUGAGCCAACCAAAUCAACGACAACAGCAACAACAACAGCAGCAGCAGCAGCGACAGCCUGUGUCAGGUAUUGCCACGGUAACAGCGGGCGGCAUGGUGUCGUUUCCCACAUCUUUGUCACCACAACCCACUCCCACGGCACAUAUGCCAAUUCGCAAGGGUGAGCCUUAGCCUUUUUAGCUUUUAUCGCUAAAUGAAAAAAGUACAAAAAAAACAAAAGAAUAAAAAAGAGUUAUCAAAAAAUCAAAAAAACAAAUAAUAAAGGAAACUCAGUUACCCGUAUGCAUCACAAUGCCAUCUCAGUCUCAGUCUCAGUUUCAGUUUCACUUUCAGUCGUCACUCACUCUCACAAACGUCACCAAAUUCCUCUACCAAUCAACCAACCACCACCAGUGCCAUCUUACCGCCCAUUGCUCGCAGUGACCAUGGAUACGAAUUUGAAGUUGAUUCUCAUCUUUAUUUAUCACUUAAACGUUGUUGUUUAUUUUGGAUAAUUGUUUUCCAUUUGAAUUACAAUU